GUUUGGUUUCCGCGCCGCUCUGAGUCGACAUGGAAACAACAAGCAGCGAUAGUAAACCUCACGAACAGCAGACAGAUGGGGGGAUGGACACGGACAGGUCCAUGUCAAGAUCUGACAGUGGGAGUGGAGAUGAUUCCCUUGAUGGCCUCUCAAACUGUGUCCCCCGGUGCCCCUUGACCCCGUCUUUAUCACCACGAAAACGGACCACGAGCCAGUCAAAGACAGAGCCUCCACUGCUGAGGACGAAUAAACGGACCAUCUACACCGCCGGCAGACCGCCCUGGUACAAUGUCACAGGGACCACCUUCAAAGAGGCCUUUGUUAUUGGUCUGUGUGGAGGAAGCGCUUCUGGUAAAACCACAGUGGCCAAUAAGAUCAUCGAAGCGCUGGACGUUCCCUGGGUGGUUCUGCUCUCCAUGGACUCUUUCUACAAGGUGUUGAAUAAAGAGGAGCAGGAGUUGGCAGCCAAAAAUGAGUAUAACUUUGACCACCCCGAUGCCUUUGACUUUGAGCUGCUGGUCACCGUCCUCAGGAAGUUGAAGAAAGGAAAAAGCAUCAAAGUCCCCGUGUACGACUUCACAUCUCACUGCAGACGCAAAGAAUGGAAAACCGUGUACGGGGCCAAUGUUGUCAUCUUUGAGGGCAUCCUGGCGUUCGCCAACAAGGAGCUGCUGAAGCUGCUGGACAUGAAAGUGUUUGUGGACACAGACUCUGACAUCCGCCUGAUACGGAGGCUGAAGAGGGACAUUUCACAGCGUGGGCGGGACAUCAGCGGCAUCAUCAAACAAUACAAUAAGUUUGUAAAGCCAGCGUUCGAGCAGUACAUCGAGCCCACAGUGCAGUCUGCUGACAUUGUGGUGCCCAGAGGUGGAGAAAACUUUGUAGCACUGGAUUUGAUUGUGCAGCACGUUCACAGUCAGCUGGAGAAGCGUGAGAUCACUGUGAGAUCGGCUCUGGCCUCGGCUCACCAGGGUCAGCCUUUACCCAAAACCCUCAGCGUGAUGGAGAGCACGCCGCAGGUCCGCGGCAUGCACACCAUCAUCAGGAACAAGGAGACGAACAGAGACGAGUUUAUCUUCUACUCCAAGAGAUUAAUGAGGCUUCUGAUCGAGCAUGCCCUCUCCUUCCUGCCGCUCAAGCCAGUAUCUGUGGAGACGCCUCAGGGUGGCAUCUACAACGGCAAGAGGCUGAGCGGUAAAAGAAUUACAGGUGUUUCCAUCCUGAGAGCAGGAGAGACGAUGGAGCAGGCUCUGAUGGCUGUGUGUAAAGACAUCAGACUGGGAAAGAUCCUCAUCCAGACCAACCAUGACACGGGGGAACCAGAGCUUCACUACCUUCGUCUGCCUAAAGACAUCAGUGAAGACUACGUCAUCCUGAUGGACAGCACCGUGUCCACCGGAGCUGCUGCCCUCAUGGCUGUCAGAGUGCUGCUAGACCACGACGUAGCCGAAGAUAAGAUCUUCCUGUUGUCGCUGCUUAUGGCGGAGAUGGGCGUCCACUCUGUAGCCUACGCCUUCCCUAAAGUGCGCAUCAUCACCACCGCUGUGGACAAGGAGGUCAACGACCAGUUCCAUAUCAUCCCAGGCAUCGGUAAUUUUGGAGAUCGUUACUUUGGCACCGAUGCUCCGUCAGACUGGUGUGAGAGCGAUGAAGGGAUGGACUUCUGAAGAGAGGACCAAUCAGGCAUGUGGAGGGUUGUUUCAGAAGCGCUUACAGUCAUAAAAGAAGAGACUCUCCUUCAUCCCUCGCCGCUCUGAUCUGCUCCAUCGACAUCCUCCAGACCAGAGAGGUGAUGCUUUAACAAACUGCUUCCUGUCCCCGAAUGGAGUUCACUGUUGGGUCAGUGUGAUUACUGAUGAAGUCAGUGAGAGUUCAGUAAAGAUUUCCAUUCGUGCCAUUCCCCGCUGAAGUUUACAGCCAGAUUUAAAGGGAUCCGAGCGUUACCUGUCCCGCAGGAUGUUUGUUGGCUUUGACACCUUUUCUCCGAGUUGUAUUAAUUCCAUUGCAAUCUCAAAAGGGUGUGCCGCAAUGGUAACGUAAGCUGCAUGAGAAAGAUGCUUCCUCAUGAUGUAAAUAAUGUGUGUUUGUUGCUGAAGCUGCUGCCACGAAGCUUCAGAGUUGAUGUUUUAAAUUCACGUACUGUCAGUUUACUGGAAGAGCCUUAAAAUCUAAAAGUUUCUUUCAGAAUUUUGCACAGUGAGCAUCUUUGCCUUCAAAUAUCGUAAAAGAAAUCAUUCUUCAAUCUUUUGCUGGGAACUUUUGGCUAGAGCAAGGCUCAGUUUUAAUCCCGAAUUUUAACAGUAGUUAUAAAAAAAAUUUACCUCAUAGUGUCAAAUUGAUCAGUCAAUACACUGCUAUCAGUCUAAUCAGUAAUAAUCUGAUCAUUCCAAUCAUCGUUUUGCACAAAGACUUGAAAAACAGAAAAUGAUGCCUCAUCUUUUAAUUCAAGUCUCUAGUACAAGUAUUGGAUGUUUAGGGUGAGUUAGAGGUAAUACAUCAUGUCUCCAUAGCAGCGUACUGUCAUUUUAGCUUGAAGCUCAACAUAAGAGUUAUUUGUGUGUUGCAGUUUUGCUCUGCUGAUGAAGCUCCAGCUGUCUGUACUGUAAAAUGGUAUUUAUUAUCUCAGGCAACUUUCAGUGAAAGAAACAAGGAUUCAUACUUGAACAAGAAGACUGACAGAUAAUUAAGGGGAAACAGACAUAUGUUGUUGGUUUUAUUUGUUUUAUCUGUUUAAUUUUUUUUUUCUCGGUGCUUACCACAACAAUAACAAAGGGGCCGUUUUUAUCCAUUUUUUCAAGUGAAACUUGUAACUAUUGCAAUUUUAACGCCACUGAAUUCAUAGAAUAUUUUACUUUGAAAACCAUGUA